CACCUCUGUGGCCACCCCAGAUCUGAUAGGUUGUUGGUCAAGUUCGUCAACACAAGAAACAAGAGAAAUGCUGUCAAUCAAUGAUGACAGCUGAACAACUGAUUUAGGGUCAGUUUUACAUUUUUAACUAACACAGUAAUGGUCGUACUGAGGCUGUGAGAGCUGACUUCUGUUCAGCGGACGUUUGGCCACGCAGGUCACGUGACCCACGAGAUGAUUGCGCUGCACCUGCCGCUGCUCCGUGAAGCACGAGGACGGUCACAGUUUACUACAGCGACGACACAACAACGAUAAAAACGCCGGAAUCUGUCGACUGAGAGGGUUGCUACUGUCAGUCUGGGUUGGAGGACGAUCUGCUGCCAUUGCCGGUGUGUUUUGUGUGCCUGGUGUGGACUUUCUCACGUUGUGGCGGACCAACGCGCUCACAUACAGGAGCUCGCAUACCCGGCACUCCUCCUCCCGGCCGCUCUCACUGGCCCUCACACACUCGCCCUCGGAGGGAGAGGCAGAGCGUUGGUGGAGGACCCGGUCGGGGUUGCACUGGGCUGAAGAGAGGAGCAACACACUCUUACCAUGCCAGUGCAGGGAGACAGGCUGAAGCGCUGUCUCACCCUCUGCCUCUGCAGCCGGAGUCCUCUGCUGUUGCUCGGACUCUUCUGUCUUCACACUCAAGCACAGGGCAAUAUAUUGGACAGUAUGCUACAGAGAGCAUCCAGUAAGGAGUCAGGGGAGAGUGGGAAGGAGACCAGUGGCAGCGCAGCUCCUUCUCUGUCCCUCCAACGACUAUUGUGGUGUCACUGCUACCACCACUGCCCCGAAGACUCAACCAAUAAUACAUGCAGGACUGAUGGCUACUGUUUCACGAUGGUGGAGGACGACGGAGGCGUGGCGGUCCAAACCGCGGGAUGCCUCGGCCUCCGGGGGUCAGAGUUUCAGUGUAGGGAGAUGGGGAACUCUCGUCAACGGAGGUCACUGGAGUGCUGCACGGACGAGGAUUACUGUAACAAAAACCUGCAUCCUAUACUGCCGCCACUCAAACCACCUCUCUAUGUAGAUGGAAAGAUCCACAACGUGGCCUUGACGAUCUCCGUCAUUGUGUGCAGCGUUAUACUGGCUGUCAUUAGCGUCUUCUGCUACUUCAGGUAUAGGCGCCAGGAGUCUCGCCCGCGCUACAGUAUUGGUCUGAAGCAGGACGAGACCUACAUCCCCCCUGGAGAAUCUCUGAGGGACCUGAUAGAGCAGUCGCAAAGCUCUGGCUCAGGCUCGGGGCUCCCUCUGUUGGUGCAGCGAACGAUAGCCAAGCAGAUCCAUAUGGUGAAGCAGAUCGGCAAGGGGAGGUACGGAGAGGUGUGGAUGGGCAGAUGGAGAGGAGAAAAAGUGGCCGUUAAAGUCUUCACUACCACUGAGGAGGCCAGUUGGUUCAGGGAGACUGAGAUUUACCAAACCGUCCUAAUGAGACAUGAGAACAUACUGGGUUUUAUAGCUGCUGACAUUAAAGGAACCGGCUCCUGGACCCAACUGUACCUAAUCACGGACUACCAUGAAAAUGGCUCUUUGUACGAUUACCUGAAAUCAACUACUCUAGACAACAAAGCCAUGCUGCGACUCGCCUACUCCUCUGUCAGAGGCCUCUGUCACCUGCACAACGGGAUCAUAGGCACCCAGGCCAAACCGUCCAUCGCUCACAGGGACCUGAAGAGUAAGAACAUACUGGUGAAAAGAAACGGCACCUGCUGUAUAGCUGACCUUGGGCUGUCGGUCAAGUUCAUCAGUGACACCAAUGAGGUAGACAUUCCUCACAACACUAGAGUGGGUACGAAGCGCUACAUGCCUCCGGAGGUCCUGGAAGAGACUUUGGACAGAAGUAAAUUGAAGUCGUACCUAAUGGCCGACAUGUACAGCUUUGGGCUCAUUCUCUGGGAGAUCGCCCGUCGUUGUGUUUCAGGAGGUAGAGUUUAUUUUUUAUUUUUUUUACAAACACCUUCUGAAAGUCACUUACACAAACGUGUCGUUUUUUGGAGAUUUUGUCACAUUGACAGAGCCUGUGUUUUCUAUGUAUUGGUUGAAGGGAUUCUUGAAGAGUACCAGUUGCCGUACCACGAGUUGGUUCCUACGGACCCUUCCUAUGAAGACAUGAGAGAGGUGGUCUGCAUCAAGAGACUACGGCCCUCCUUCCCAAAUCGAUGGACCAGCGAUGAGUGUUUGAGGCAGAUGGGGAAGCUGAUGACAGAAUCCUGGGCCCACAACCCGGCCAACCGCCUCACAGCCCUUCGGCUCAAAAAGACACUCGCCAAGAUGUCAGAAUCGCAAGACAUUAAGCUGUGAGCCGGCGCAUUAGCGACCACACCAUCCUUUUUCCUGGGAACAGAAGGCGGGUCGUGGAGCAAGAUCCCCAGUAGAAGAUGCUCCGGAUUGCACACUCUACACACAUGACGCCCACAGGUCACGUCCCUGGAAAAUGUGUUUUUCAGGCCUCCGAUGGUUGUACAACUGUAACUAAAACGGAUCAAAACAAUCUGGCCCCUCGUGGCCCCGCGUUGUGUCCAUCAGAGAAGAUGCAACGCUCUCAUUUCAAACUAACUCAAACAUGAUUGAGUUUAAAUUGGCACUGUAGCUGCAGAAAAACGCAAACAAGCUACUGAUCAGUGAGUGAAAUACUUGUAUCACUGCUUUCUAUGAAAGCUUCCAUGCCUGUAGACCGAGGUCCAAUCGAUGUGCUUUGAAGCAGCCCGUUACCUCCCAUCAAAACACUGUCAACCCACUACUGCCUUUAUGUUCUACACACACUUUUGUCAUUCUCAAAUUGACUAAUUUUACAAUGACUGACACUAAGUGGCAGAAAAAAAGGUCUACUCCUGAGGCUUUCAAAGUGUAAAAACUAUUUUUGAGUUGUGAAAGGAUAUGAAAGUUGAAAAAAAGCUCAUUUUCUAUGUAAAACUAACCUUAGUGAAAAAUAAAGUUUACAUGUCCAAACAAAUUCUGAAUUGAGGCUCUUACGUGCUCCUGUGUUUCUGGUAAUGAGACGGGUGAAGCAGAGCGAGGCCACCUGUAGGUACAGAAGAAGAGAAACCGUUGCACACUAACUGCAGUGAUAACUUCUUGCUUGAUUAUGUUGUGAUUUACUGUAAAUGUGUGGAUUUUUUGCCAGUGUUAGUUUAAUUGUGUCACAAGUUGUUGUGCUUUAGUCAACUUAAGAUGCAACAGUCAUGCACACAAUAUUGUGGGAAAAAAACACCUAUCAAACCCCCUGGAACCUGUAAAUAUGAAAAACUAUCAAUUCCCCCAUUGAUUUGGUUCUUUAUUGAUAGCAGAUUUAUUGUUGGUUGAAAUUAGUACAUACAGCCAGUGGUUUACGUUUUAAUGUUCACCCUUAACUGAAAAAGAAACCCUCAACUGUCAAACUAUUUGUAAACCGUAAAUAAAUUGAAU